UCCUCUUCCCUCACUCCUUGGACACGUAGGCUAGAUUGUGGGCCGGGCCCUCGGCCCGGCGGCGCUGCAGAUGGCCAGGCCGAAAUGAGGCCGCUCCAGGCCUCACGGGGCUCACCUUCUGGCGCGAGGGCCCGGGGUGGGGGACAGGCUCCGUGCAUGUGCACGGAUAGGUAAGGCUGCCGCCCUCAUGGAGGAGGCGGCAUUCGAGCUGAACUUUGAGGCGCGCCCAAGAGGUGGAGAGUUCCAGGCCUCGGCGACAGCCUGGGCAAAGGCGCCGAGGUCGGAAGUGGAAUGUGUGCAAGGAACAGCUGGUAGGCCAGUUUGGCUGGAAUGAUUUCCAGUUCCUGAGCCGGACACCAUCUUCCAGAUGGAGGGAGAGGAAAAGCUACAGAUCGUGGAGCCAGAGGAGGUUGAUAAUGGAGACUUCCAGAAGGGAAGCACCUGCCCAGAUUCUAAGAAUGAAACUGAAAACAGAGGAUCUGUUUCAACACCAGAAGUUUCCAAAGAAGAAUCACAAGGGAUGUUAUUGGUAGGUUUACAAGGGGCCAUUUCCCAGGACUCCAAAACUGGAGAAACUUUUGGAUUGGGGGGCAAGUUAGAGGUACAACAGGAAAAGCCAGAAGGAAAAAGCCUGGAAGGCUCACGUAACCAAGAGGGAGAUUUUGGUAAUGGGACCACCUGUACAAGUGUGCCCCCCGUAGAAAAUGAAUGUGGUAAAAGCCCAAAUCCCGUUCCAGAUGAGACAGAUUCUCCAGAAGAGAGAACCCAGAGAUGUGAUUUGCAUGAGCAUGGCUGCAGGCUGAGUUCAGACUAUGUAAGUAAAUCCAAAGCCCACAAUGGAGACAAGCCUCAUAAGUGUAAUCAGUGUGGCAAAGCCUUCAGGAGGAGCUCCAACCUUAUUCAGCAUCAGAAAAUUCAUAGUGGAGAGAAGCCCUAUAAGUGUAAUGAAUGUGGCAAAGCCUUCAGCCGCAGCACAACCCUCAUUCACCAUCAGACAAUUCACAGUGGCGAGAAACCUUAUGAAUGUAAUGAAUGUGGCAAAGCCUUUAUGGCGAGUUCCGCACUUAUCCGCCAUCAGACGAUUCACAGCGGAGAGAGACCCUACGAAUGUAAUGAGUGUGGCAAAGCCUUCAGCCGGAAUUCCAUCCUUAUUGAACAUAAGAGGAUUCAUAGUGGAGAGAAACCUUACGAAUGUAACGAAUGUGGAAAAGCAUGCCGGGGGAGUUCAAAACUCAUUGAACACCAGAGAAUUCACACUGGAGUGAAGCCAUAUGAAUGUAAUGACUGUGGAAAGACUUUCAGUCAGAACUCACACCUUACUCAGCACCAAAGAAUUCAUACUGGAGUGAAGCCCUACCAGUGCAGCGAGUGUGGCAAAGCCUUCAGGCAAAUAGCCACUUUUAUUAACCAUCAGAGAAUCCACAGUGGUGAGAAGCCCUACGAAUGCAAUGUGUGUGGGAAAGUCUUCAGGGUGAGGUCCGAUCUCAUUCGACAUCAAAGAAUUCAUAGUGGAGAGAGACGCUAUGAAUGUAACGAGUGUGAGAAAACCUUCAGUCAGAGCUCAUGCCUUAUUCAACACAGGAGGACUCAUAGUGGGGAGAAACUUUAUGAAUGUAAUGAGUGUGGGAAGAAUUUUAGUCGGAGCUCAAACCUCAUUCAACAUCAGAGAAUUCACAGUGGAGAGAAACCUUAUGAAUGCGGUGAAUGUGGCAAAGCCUUCAGCAGGAGCUCAAACCUUAUUCAGCAUCAUAGAAUUCACAGUGGGGAGAAACCCUAUGUAUGUCUUGAAUGUGGGAAAGCCUUCAUGCAAAAUUCAAGCUUCAUUAACCACCGGAGAAUUCACACCGGAGAGAGACCGUAUAAGUGUAACGAAUGUGGCAAAGCCUUCAGACAGAGAUCCAGCUUCAUUAAUCAUAAGAGAAUUCAUAGUGGAGAGAAGCCCUAUGAAUGUAAUGAAUGUGGGAAGACUUUCAGGGGAAGCUCAGACCUUAUUAAGCAUCGUAGAAUUCACAGUGGAGAGAAGCCCUAUGAAUGUAGUGAAUGUGGUAAAGCCUUCCGUGGUAGCUCAGCCCUUCUGGAACAUCAGAGAAUUCACAGAGGAGAAAAACCCUACAAAUGUCAUGAAUGUGGCAAAGAUUUUAGGUGGAGUUCAUACCUUAUUCAGCAUCAGAGAAUUCACAGUGGGGAGAAACCCUACAAGUGCUUUGAAUGUGGAAAAGACUUUAGGGGGAGAUCUCACCUAAUUCGACACCAGAGAAUUCACACUGGAGAAAAACCCUACGGAUGUAAUGAAUGUGAGAAAGCCUUCAGGGCUAGUUCAGAUCUAAUUCAACAUCAGAGAAUACACAGUGGAGAGAAACCUUAUGAGUGCCAUGAAUGUGGAAAAGCAUUCAGAUUGAUUUCAACCUUUAUCAACCACCAGAGAAUACACAGUGGAGAAAAGCCCUAUGAGUGUAUCAAAUGUGGGAAAGCUUUCAGAAGGAACGCGUACCUUAUUCGGCAUCAGAGAAUUCACACUGAAGGAAAGCCUUAUGGUUGUCACGAAUGUGGAAGAGCUUUCAGAGGGAGCUCAGCUCUGACUGAGCAUGAAAGAAUUCACCGAGGAGAGAAACCCCACGAGUGUCCUGAAUGUGGGAAAGCCUUCAGAGCAAGCUCAGUCCUGAUUGACCAUCAGAGAAUUCAUAGUGGGGAGAAACCUUAUGGAUGUCAUGAAUGUGGGAAGGCCUUUAGGUGGAGUUCAGAUCUUAUCCAACAUCAGAGAAUUCAUAGUGGGGAGAAACCUUAUAAAUGUAAUGAAUGCGAGAAAGCUUUUAGGAGAAGCUCCGACCUCAUUAAACACCAGAGAAUUCACAGUGGAGAAAAACCUUUUGAAUGUAAUGCCUGUGGAAAAGCUUUUAGUGGGAGUUCCAACCUUAUUAGACAUCAAAGAAUUCAUAUUAGAGAAUAAUUCUAUAAAUUUAACGAAAAGAGAUAAGAACUGAACUUUUGAUUUCAGUGGUAUAGGAAACUCCCAGGUGAGUAAUCUCCUUCUACUGAAACAAUAGCACCUUCUCUGCUAAAUGAUUACUAAAUCUUAGAGAAUUGCCUAAGGCACUGAGAGAUUAAUUGAUUUACCCAAGGUCAGAGCCACAGAUGUUCCAGAAGGACUUAAACCCAGGUCUUCCAACUCUAAGUCUAUACAAAUAUAUACUGUGAGUUAUUCCGUCAGAUAUGUGGCUUUUUUACAUUUGGACUCAGGAAGAUAAAUUGAAAUACUGACUUACCAGCUCUGUGGCCCUGAGCAAGGUAUUUCAUUCUGAUCAGCUUCAGUUUCCUCAUCUGCAAGAUGAUUUGAUGGCCUCUAAACCUAGGGUCCUAACAGAUUAGAGUCCAUUCAUUAAACAAACAUUUGUUAAGCAUCUAACAUUUACAGAACAGUUCUAGGCACAAGAGAUUCUAAAUUAGGAUGUGGCACUUACAUGAUUGUAGGGAGACAUGGCAUAUAACAUAGAGAAAUGUAAUACACGAUGACCUCGGUUUGGAGGUGGCGGUGUGUGUGCACGCAUGCGACUGUAGCAGCUCAUUAAACCUACUAAGAUAUAGGGAGGGUCAUGCAUCAGAAGAAGGAGGUCAGGAAAGAUGGCAUGAGGAAUGUUUGUACUGUUGAAGUGCCAGUGAGUAGGAGGGGUAUGAAGCUUGCAUGGCCUCCCAGUGUAGAGAUGAGUUGGCAUCUGAGCCUUAGGAGAUCUCGAAGAGCUCCGUGGGUGCUGGACCAAUGUCUUUGUAACCUUUCUGUAUGUCUCUUAGCUGUAUAAGAAAAGAGC